UGAAGACUAUCAUCAACUCAGAGAUGCACCAACAACCCCACCCAACACCGAGAUACCCCAAAGGCCCAAAGACCCGACAGAUUCGCGAGAGCUCGAGAGAGUGCGACCAAAAUGGCGAUGAGAUGCGCGCUGACCUCGCUCCCCGCGCGCCUCCGGUCCCCGGCGGUGGUAGCCAGCGGGACGCGGCGCCUUCUGAGUGACGGGAAGGGGCGCGUGCUCAGCGAGGAGGAGCGCGCCAAGGAGAACGUCUACAUCCAGAAGAUGGAGAGGGAGAGGCAGGAGAAGCUCAAGAAAAAGCUCGAACAGGAGAAGGAUGCGGCCGACAAGGCUAAGUCCGGCGCCGACGGCAAGAAGGCCGAGGGAACUAACUAGGAGCGAUCUUCGCCUGCCUGAAGGUGACCCCAUCUUGGACGCAUCUGGGGGACAUUUGUGUUUAUAGAUGUCCAGAGAUGGAAGAAUAAAUUCUGUAAAGCGUUGAUAGCGCUAGCUUUGCUUUGUUUUCGGUUUGCCGCGCUUGUUCAGGAUAUAAUCCAGGGACCAUAAACAUUGAUAACUGGGAACUUUGUAUCGUUGCUGGACCAAAUAUUUGUCGCCCUUUUGCGCAUUUGGUUGUAUGGUAUGGGUCACCACCA